CAACACUUAACUCCUUCACAUACGAUAGAUGUACUUUCAGCCGCCAGUAGCAGCUGGUUUUGGCGGAGGUAUUGGAGCAGUGAAGGCAUCAUGCUUUCUAGGAGCAAGCAGGGAGCGUCCCUUGCCCGAAGAUCGUUGCAAUACGCUGUUCGGCAAAGGGCGCCGCAGCUUGCGAGUCUUCACGGCCCUGAGGAGGUCCGCUAUCAAGUCGGGGGCCAGCGGUCGCUCAGUUUCAUCAGGGACGUCAUCAACCGUGUAAAGGGCGAAGUUGAGAGCAAUCCGGAGUUGCGGCAGUCCAUCAAGGAAUUCCGUGAAAGGACAGAGGGCCUGAGAAAGAGCACCAAGGAGACGCUCGAGAAGGUCGACGCAGCCAGCAGACAGGCUGCCGCCAAGGCAAAGGAGGUUUCGUCGGUGGUCAAGGAAAAGGUCACUGAGGCCAGUGGCUCCGUUAAAGAGCGGGUUGCGACCCUGCGGCCAGAUCAGCGGGUCACCACUUCUGAGGGCACCGCCGCAUCUGAGCAAGCUGCGGCAGCUGCAAAGGAGACGGUUAGUGAGGCUGUCAAUGGGAACGAGCAUGUGGCCGAAACAACGGGAAAAGAAGAGGGAAAGACGAGGGACGAGUCGCAGGCAGAGACUGGGCCGAAAGUAGAGGCAGAAGCAGAGGGCUCUCGAGAAGAUGCACAGGGGGGGAGUCAAAAGGUUGAGGGGGAGGGGGGCCCUUCAGGGGCAGAAGCGGGGUCUAGUGCGACAGAGGGGCCGAGCCCUUGGGAGCGAGCACAGCAGGUGGCCAAUUCCGCAUGGACUCCGGUGGCAGGCGCCUUUGAGAGGGUGCGCGGAACGAAGAUUUUGGAGAGCGUGCGGCAGGGUGCGCAGUUUGUGCAGGAGGAGCUGUCGGGCAGCGGCCGGCGGAAGCCGCGGAAACGAUUGACGCCGGAGGAGGUCGAGGAGCGGGAAAAGGCAAAAGCGGCGGAAGAGGCCAAGCUGGGCCCCAAGAGCGACGCGACGUCGGUGGUGAUCCUUCCGAAGAAGCAGAGCGCGUGGGAGCGGCGGCGCGAGCAGAUUUACGAGUGGUUGCGGCAGAACCUGGUGUUCCAGCGGAUCGCGGGGCUGGGAAACUUCGCAAAGCCGGUGCUGCAGAAGGGGCAGGAAAUUGUGGAGGACGUGCAGGAGAAGUGGGAGACCAGCCCCAGCCCCACCGUGGAGCGGAUCCGGGAUAUGAACGAGCGGCUGUUCGGCGAGACCCCGUCCGCGAUGGCCAUGGUCGCGAUCCGGCGGCGCGACCCGACGUUUUCGCUGCCGGACUUCAUGACGGACGUCCAGGAAGACGUGCGCCCCGUGCUGCUCGCGUACCUGGGGGGGGACCUGGAGGCGCUGGCCCAGCUGUGCGCGGACGAGGUCGUGCAGCGCGCGCGCGGGGAGCGGAAGGCGUUCGACGCGCUGGGGGUCACGCCCGAGUUCAAGAUCCUCCACAUUUCGGAGGCGAUGCUGCGUGACGUCAAGUUGGUGGGUGGGGAGCCCAUGAUCAUCAUCGGGUUUUCGACACAACAAAUUUUCUGCAUACGAGAUCGGUUUGGCAAGGUCGUCGAGGGGGCGCCGGACGAGAUCCACACAGUUUUCUACGGUUGGGCCAUGCAGCAAGUUGCCCCCGAGAAGCAGGAGGAGGGCGGUCCGGUGCGAUGGGAAUUGCGAGACAUGCAGCACCAGAGAAUGCAGGCGAUUGUGUAGCACGAGCGAGCACGGCCAUCAGACGCUUGAUGCGCCGCACGAUAUAGCAAUCAACAAUUUUUGCCAAAAUGUCAGCAUUUAUUGAGCCUAGCCUUACUGCAAAUUGCGCG